AAUUGGAUUUGUUUCUGUUGCUGAAUUAUUGGAUUUGGUUUAUUUGUGUGUAUUUUUCUGUAAUUGUGUCCGAGUUCAGUGGUGUUGAGUUGACUCAGUUCUGGUAAGAUUGGUUGUAUGGUUUAGGUUUGAUUUUGUUGGUUUUGAUGUUGAUGGAUUUAUUAGGGUAAAUAAUUCACUGGUUUUGUUAGGUUUGAUUUAGUCAAAGAUGGGGACUGUUUUGUCUUCACUGGUUUAUGAUAUGAAGGAUGAGUCAUGUAUUUAUUUUCUGUGGUUCUUGUGUGGUUAGAGGAUAAGGAUUUGAAGGUGAUAGUGUAGUAUUUCAUGGUUUUUGUUUUUUGAUGUGUUUAUCCGAAUGUGGUGAUUGUGAUGUUGGAGUUUAGUUGGCUAUCUCAAAAAUUUACUCCACGGAAAUGAAAUGGCAAUCUACUUAUCUGAAAGUGGGAUAAAAAAAAAGGGGUCAAGUUGUGUUGAACUGAAACUGAAAUUGAUCACUUUUCAUUUGUUCUCACUUUCAGAUAGAUACGAUUACUCUGGCUAUGGACAGUCAUCAGGGAAGCCGAGUGAGACUAAUACUUAUGCUGACAUCGAAGCUGUAUAUAAGUAUCUUGAAGAGAACUAUGGUGCUAAGCAGGAAGACAUAAUCCUUUAUGGGCAAUCCGUUGGGAGUGGUCCUACUUUGGAUAUUGCUGCUCGUUUGCCCCAAUUGAGAGCUGUUAUUCUCCAUAGUCCAAUACUAUCGGGGUUGAGAGUGAUGUACCCUGUGAAAAAGACAUACUGGUUUGACAUUUAUAAGAACAUUGAUAAAAUUCCGCUGGUGAAGUGUCCAGUGCUUGUAAUUCAUGGAACUGCUGAUGAGGUUGUUGAUUGUUCUCAUGGUAAACGUUUAUGGGAGCUAUGCCAACAAAAAUACGAACCCUUAUGGCUUAAAGAUGGAAAUCACUGUAAUUUGGAGCUCUAUCCAGAAUACCUUAGACAUCUCAGACGAUUCAUAUCAACGGUAGAAAAGUCACCACCCCAAAGACUGAGUUUUAGAAGAAGUGUGGAUAAGGUAGAACAAUCCAGAGGAAGUACUGAUUUCUCGGAAAAGCCAAGGAAGAGCAUGGAAAAGCCAAGAAAGAGCACAGAUUGCAGAGACAAACCUCCAAAAAGCACUGAUCGGACAGAAAAACAGAAAUAUCAUGAAUUCAAAUUCAAAAAUUCUGAAAAAUUAGAUAAGUUAAAGGUCCAAUUUGACCAGACAGAGAGGUCGACAGAGAGGUCGAGAAGAAGCGUAGAGUACAACAACGACAAAUCUAGAAGCAUUGAGUUCCAAGAGAAAUCCAGAAGAAGUGUUGAUGUUCAGUUUGAAAGGCCGCGGAAGAGUAUUGAUUGGCUGGAUAAAAUUCGCGCGCCUUGAACCUUUUGAAGCUUCGGCAAUAUUGGAACUGGGUUUGCUUGGUGAGGAGGGGGAAAAGUACAAAGAUACGGACACGGUUACUUACACUGGGUGUUUAAUUUAACUUAUGGUUUGCAGAAUAUGCAUAUGUUGCUAUUGCACUUGUAUACUUCCAUUGUAUUUUUACAUUUGGAUAUUAUUAGUUUUUCCUUACUAUUAUUAUCAACAAUUUCAAUUUAUGUGACUCUAACCUUGUUUUCA